CAACCUUGCUGAAUGGCAUCCGAGUCCUUUAACAAGCGAGAACAGAGGUGGGGAGGAAAACGGAGCGACGGGCGGAGAGAGAGGAGAGAAAAGUGAGGGGCAAGUGUUGUUCCUCUUUGUGACUUGUGGACUGUGGAGCAUGGAGAGGCGACCAUCCCCUUCUCCUUGGAUUAAAACCCCACUCCCCUCUCACCUCCGGCUCCGGGACCCCGACGAAUGCGGAGGAAGCCAUUAGGAGGAGAGAAGAGGAAGGGGCAGAUCUAUGGGCAACUGCAAGAGUUCAUCUCGUGCACUCCUAGGAAAGGCCCAUGUUGUUCCGGAUCCAGAAUGGAGGAUUCGGGACUUCGGAAAGACCCACGUUCCAGAUUUCGAAUGGAGGAUUGAUGACUUCUCAUCACUGCUUAAGACUGGAGCUAAGAGAGCAACAUCUGGCCCUUUUCACUGCUCUGGUUAUAACUGGGACCUGCAAGUGAGUCUAAUGCAUAAAGAAGCUCGUUCUGUAACUCCAUAUGUUGCUCUUCGUCUUGUGCCAUCCAAACUAAGCUUGAUGCCAGUUCACACAGUGCAUGCGACGUUUGAAUUGUCAAUAUACAACCAUUCAAAAGGAAUGUACUAUGGAUGCAAAGCUAGCUCCAACUUUGAUUUCAAGAAUUUCUACUCGAAGGAGCAUUGCUUGAUUCCUCUUAAGAAGCUACUGAAAUCAUCUGCUUUUCUAGUUGAUGAUAGUUGUGUCUUUGCUGUGGAGAUAUUAAAAAUUGAUGCCUGCUCUCCUGAAAAGAAGGUUGUUGUGGUUCAGAAGAAGGCUACCACAGUUCAGAACCUCUUUGUCCAGAAGAAGGGGUUCGUCAAAGGGACAUACACUUGUAACAUGAACAAUUUCCUUGAAUUGGACUUGGAUCACUGUGUCCGUUCUCCUACAUUUGAAGUUGGCGGGCAUAAAUGCAUGUACCCGCGUGGUGACUUGUACAGCACUGAUUGCCUCAGCUUGUACUUAUUCCUGGAUGCCUUGGAUGAGCUCCAUCUCGAGUCUAGGAAGGUGGCUGUAAUGACUCUGUCCAUCCUGAACCAAAAGAAUGGGAAACACUUGACUAAAACUUCAGGUCUCUUCGUAUGUGAUGGCGGAUGGGGUUGGCCUAACUUUCUUGGACUCAAGAAACUCAAGAAAGGCUAUGUUGUAGGGUCGAGCUGCAUUGUGAAGGCAGAUCUCACUAUCGUUGGUUUAUCCAAUGAUGGCUAGAUUUUUACCUCAUGCCGAUGGAGAGAUAAAGCCCUUUCAUCCUCCUAGCAAGACUUAUAUAUGAGAUAAUGUUGUGGUAGCAGCACUAAAAAUUUGUGGGUUGAUUAGUAGUAAUGAGCUGGAUUUGAGAAGGGAGGUGACUUUACGCAUAUAUUUCUAGGGCCAUUUGCAUUUC